UCCCAGUCAAGGACGCCGAGUGAAUAUGUUUGGAGUCUUGUAACUCGUACUAAAGCGUGAAACCUAAUAAAAGAGAUGAAUAUACAGGUGUAAAGGAAGCAGGGGAGAUCAGAGACGUGGAAAGCAGCCUCUCGGAGAAGGAAACUGACGAAACCUCCAAUUAUUAAAACAUGAUUAAUGGGCUCUGAGACUUUAAGGCCUUUAUCUCUUCUCUUAAUUCCUGAUUUUUGCACCGAUUUCUGCCACCUCCCUUUGCAUUCCUGUCUCCAACCCUCCCUCCACUUGUUCAUGUCUCUAUUUUGGACCCUCAGAGGGGGCAGGGAGGCUCUCGGUGGGUCGACCCUUCCUCUCUUUUCUGCUACAUUUAACCAUUCAAACCUCCAAACCUCUGAUUUCAUAACUUUCAGAACCUUCAGGAGCAACUUUGACGAUAAAAACCAGAACUGGGUUUUGGAUUUCCUUCCAUUUUUUUCUCCUUUGGGGUAUUUUUAGCCCAGCUUAAAGACAUCUCUCUUUUUUUUUUUUUCAUUAGCCGGGGCUCGACCGAGAAGGAUUUAACGAAGGAGUUACAUGCUUGUUUCUAUGGUAACGCUGCAUUUCCAGCGACUUUGAAGGACCGAAGGUUAUCAGCGAAACUCUAAAGCUCUCUCCACCAAUGAGCAGCCAGAGCAACGGCGGAGAGGCGGUCCCUGCGUCUCGGUCCAAUCAGAGGACGUUCCUGGAUGACGUCAUUCUCACCUUCAGCUCUCCGAUGGCGUGGCUGCUGGUCAUCGCUCUGAUCAUCACCUGGUCAGGAGUCGCCAUCGUCCUGUUUGACCUGCUCGACUAUAAAACUCUAGCAGACGACGUCAGAGGUGGAAAAGCAGGUCUUCCUCCUCCACCUGCCAUCGCCAAGAGAGGAAUGAAGCCCAGAGUAGGUGGGAUCCGUCCAGUAAGAUCGAGCCCCGCCGUGGUCCCUGCUGACAUCACGGCGGAGGAGAGCGCUGAUUGGCUGGAGAUGCUGUGGAGCUUUGCAGCCAGUCUGGUGGCUCCUGAUGAGGAGGAGGAGGAAGGUAUUCAGCAGCUAACCGAAACGCUCACAUCUUUCCACUCAGAGGAACUUUGAAGGAGACGAGAACAUUGAAAGCAUUAGAAGAAGAAGAGGAACUGAAGGUCGAGGAUGUUGUAAAUUAAACCACUCUGAUGUUAUUUUCUGUCAGUUAUUAAAUGGAAUUUGAUGAAUUAAAAACUCCCCAAACUGAA